GUCCACCUUGUUCAGCACAAGUAAAAGUGUAAAAAACAUCUGCAGAGGGAACCAGGCCUACACAGUCGUACUACCGAUUUGCCAAAGAUGAUAACGCAGGGAAUCCAAGCCAGCGACAAGGGCUCGCCAGUUCACCCCAACGCGUCUCCCGCCAAUCCUCAAAACCUCGCCAUCGACGCAACCAACCUCCCAACCACCGCCGUAGCCGGCGGCGGCGCCGGCCAAGAAAGAGGCCGCAACAAGCUGACCCUGUUCCCCCUCAUCUUCCUCAUCUUCUUCGAGGUCGCCGGCGGGCCAUAUGGCGCCGAGCCGGCCGUGCAAGCCGGCGGCCCCCUCUUCGCCCUCCUCGGGUUCCUGGUGUUCCCCUUCGUCUGGGCCGUCCCCGAGUCCCUGGUCACCGCCGAGCUGUCGACGGCGAUGCCGGGCAACGGCGGCUACGUCCAGUGGGUAGACCGCGCGUUCGGCCCGUUCGCCGCCUCCCUGAUGGGGACGUGGAAGUACAUCUGCGCCGCCGUCGGCGCCGCCGCCUUCCCGGCGCUCUGCUCCGACUACCUCUCGCGGGCGGUCCCCGCCGUGUCAGGCGGCGGCGCCCGCGUGGCGACCAUCGUCACGUUCAACGUCGCCCUGACGCUCCUGAGCUGCACGGGGCUGAGCGUCGUCGGCUGGACGGCCGUGGCGCUGGGGCUCGCUGCGCUGUCGCCGUUCCUGUUGAUGGUCGCCAUCGCGCUGCCGAAGAUCCGGCCGCGGCGGUGGGGCACGACCGCACGCGUGAAGGACUGGAAGCUCCUGCUGAACACGCUGUUCUGGAACCUGAACGGCUGGGACAGCGUGAGCACGAUGGCCGGCGAGGUGGAGCGGCCCGGGAGGACGUUCCCCGCGGCGCUGGUCUCGGCCGUGUGCAUCGGGUCGCUCGGGUACCUGCUGCCGCUCAUGGCGGCCACCGGCGCCGUCGAUGCGCCGCCGGAGGCCUGGGGAGACGGCUACUUCGCCGACGCGGCAGGUGUGAUCGCCGGCAAGUGGCUCAAGUACUGGAUCGAGGCCGGCGCGGCGGCCUCCUCAGUGGGCCUCUACUCCGCGACGCUGAGCAGCGCGGCGUACCUCCUGGUGGGCAUGGCCGACCUCGGUCACCUCCCGUCCGUCUUCGCCGCGCGCGCCUCGGGCCUCGGCACCCCCUGGGCCAGCAUCGCCGCCACGGGGGCCGUCGCGCUCGGCAUGUCCUUCGCGAGCUUCGACAGCAUCGUCGCGGUCACCAACUUCCUGUACGGCCUCGGGAUGCUCCUCGAGCUCGCCGCCUUCCUCUGGCUCCGCGCCAGGCGGCCGGGCAUGCCGCGGCCCUACCGCGUGCCGGCGGGCACGGCGGGCGCCGCGGCGAUGUGCGGCGUGCCGGCGGCGUUCCUGGCGGCCGUCAUGGCCGUCGCCGGGUGGAAGGUGUGCGCCGCCAGCGCGGGGUUCACGGCCGCCGCCGUGGCGGUGUACUACGGCAUGGCGUUCUGCAGGGCCCGGGGGUGCGUCGAGUUUGGCCGUGCAGAGGGAGGAGGUGGAGAGUCGGGAGGCACAGGCUGUGAGAGUCGGAAGGAAGGCCAACCCGGUGAUGUCUGAGGUUGAAAUGAAGAAGGUCGUGUCCUCGUACGUGAGGAAGCGAUAUGAACAUGUGUGCCGUGUGCGAAAGGGGACGAAAAUUUGUUGCUACUAGACGAUAUGAACAUGUGUGCUAAUGUUUUUAAAAAUUAUUAUAUUUGAAAAUCAUUUAGAAAUUAAAAUCCUAA